AUGAAUUUGUUUGUGGUUUCAUUUUUAUUCUAUUUAUAUAUUAAAAGCGGGAAUUGUCUAUGGAGAAGAGGAAUUGUUCAUUAUGCUGUUAAUAAUAAAGAUUACGAUUAUCACUCUCAAGAUCUAAUAGCGUCCACGUUAGAAAAAAUUCAGCGCGAAGUCUGCGUCAAGUUCUUCAAAACUCCGAUGAAUUAUAGCGCCAAUGAAGAAGACAAAAUACUGUACAUCAGCAACCCUGACAAGAGGAAGGACUGCCCUCUUGAAGAGUACGACUUCGAUGAAACUGUGGUGCAAGGGAAUGGACCUUCAGGAUUACUGUCAUGGAAGGAUCGUAAUUUCAUAAAUUCCCAUUAUCACGACGAGUGUGGGGAAUUUGUAGUGAAGUCGGUUCCCAUCGCGCGGAAGUUUGGCUCCAACAUCGAAGUAACUGAUGACAAUGACAGAUAUUAUAAAGAAAAACUUUGGCCCCUUGGAGUCGUCAUGUAUUCGGCAGAUGCAGGAGCCAGACGCUCACAAGCCUUGUUAGCUCUUCGAAACGCAAUGACAACUAUAGAACUCUCUUCAUGCAUUGUGUUCCACAAUCUUGAAGAUCUAAGUAUGAGCCCUAGGAACUUCCUAUGGUUCUCUAGUUUUGGUGGAGAGGUGAUGCCAAGACUUGGAGUCGUGCCAGGAAACCAGAGCCUACUGCUCUCGUCUUUGGUCAACGGCGCCCCAGGCCACACUGCUCAUGCCCUCAAUAUGCUGUUGCGCAUUCUUGGUAUCCCCAUGAUGUCUAACAGAUACGAUAGAGACAAUUACGUCACUGUUCAUUGGAAAAAUAUUCAGCAAGGUAUGGAACAUUAUUUUGAGCGUUUGCCUGAAGAUGCGAUGCUAAGAAACUCAGAUGGUGUCAUUAUGCAAUAUGACUACACCAGUGUCACACACGCGCCCUCCAACUAUCUCUGUGCCGACUGUUCCCUUGGCCAGCAAACAGUGUCGCCUGUGCAGGAUCAUUUAUGGCAGAGGACCCUGACAAUGGGGCAUAGGACCGAUCUCAAUCCGAUGGACACUGAAAUACUGAAUUUAUUGUACGCAAAAGAAUGUCAAAAUAGAUUUACUGGACAAGAUAAAUAA